UCUGACACCAGGCUGGAGUGCAGUGGCGCAAUCUCGGCUCACUGCAACCUCUGCCUCCCGGUUCCAGUGAUUCUUUCACCUCAGCCUCCCAAGUAGCUGGUACUACAGGCUCACACCACCACGCCCAGCUAAUGUUUGUACUUUAGUAGAGAUGGGGUGUCACCAUGUUGGCCAGGAUGGUCUCAAUCUCUUGAUCUCGUGAUUUGCUUGCCUUGGCUUUCCAAAGUGCUGGGAUUACAGGUGUGAGCCACUAUUAUUUUUUGAGACGGAGUCUUGCUCUGUUGCCCAGGCUGGAGUGCAGUGGCGCUAUCUCGGCUCACUGCAACCUUUGCCUUCCAGCUUCAAGUGAUUCUCCUGCCUCAGCCUCCUGAGUAGCUGGGACGUGUUAGCCAGGAUGGCCCCGAUCUCCUGACUUCGCAGGCGCAGUGGCUCAUGCCUGUAAUCCCAGCACUUUGGGAGGCUGACGCGGGCAGAUCACCUGAGGUUGGGAGAUCAAGACCAGCCUAGCCAACAUAGUGAAACCCCAUCUGUACAAAAAUACAACAGUUAGCCAGGCAUGAUGGCAGGUGCCUGUAAUCCCAGCUACUUGGGAGGCCGAGGCAGGAAAAUUGCUUGAUCCCGGGAGGUGAAGGUUGCAGUGAGCCGAGAUUGCACCAUUGCACUCCAGCCUGAGUGACAGAGGGAGACUCCAUCUAAAAAAAAAAAAAAAAAAAAAAAGAUAAAAAUCCAGAAUAGGUAAAUCCAUAGAGACAGACACAGACUGGUGGUUGCCAGGGACAGGAGGCAGGGGAAGGAGUAGUGACCUCAUCCCUUUGGGUGGAUGAAAAUGUUCGGAACCAGACAGUGGUGAGAAUUGUGAAUGCACUAAAUGUCACUAAUGGUAAAUUUUGUUAUGUGUGUUUUACCAUGAUGAAAAAGUAAUUUUAGAAAAUGGGCCAAGCAAGGUGGCACAUGCCUAUAAUCCCAGCACUUUGGGAGGCAGAGGCAGGCAGAUCACCUGAGGUCAGGAGUUUGAGAACAGCCUGACCAACAUGGAAAAACCCUUUCUCUACUAAAAAUACAAAAUUAGCUGGGCAUGGUAGCGCGUGCCUGUAAUCCCAGCUACUCGGGAGGCGGAGACAGGAGAAUCACUUAAACCCGGGAGGCAGAGGUUGUGGUGAGCCAAGAUCGUGCCACUGCAUUCCAGCCUGGGCAAUAAGAGCUUGAACCUGGGAGGUGGAGGUUGCGGUGAGCUGAGAUGGUGCCAUUACACUCCAGCCUGGGCAAUAAGACCGAAACUCCAUCUCAAAAAAAAAAAAAAAGUUCUCCACCAGCUACGGUGGCUCAUGCCUGUAAUUCCAGCACUUUGAGAGGCCAAGAUGGGAGGAUGGCUUGAGCCCCAGAGUCUGAAAUUGCAGUGAGCUAUAACUGCACAACUACAUUUCAGCCUGGGCAACAGAGCGAGACCCCCACCUCUAAAAAAAUAGAGGAGUAUCCAGCCUGUGUGCUGUGCAAUAGUGCUCACAUGUUGGUGAGACUUGGCUGGCAGUCAGACUCAAGAUGAUAGGGGUGCCAAGUAGAAAUGCCAUUCUCUGGUGGCAGGGGGAGUCACCAACUCAGCAAUCUCGCCCCCAUGCCGGACCACGACUGUGAGAAAGCGUGUUUUCCGGGAGGCAGCCGAGUGCAACAAAGAGGCCAGAGGCUGGUGAAUAAUUUAUCAGGACAGCUGAUAGUACCUCCCCAGAACUGCCCUCCGGCCCCCAGCCCCCCUCUCUGGUGUGCCUCCCGCCUCCCUGCCCCAAACCCGCUGGACCAGCUCUCCCGGUGCCCGCCUGCUGCCCCCCCCCCCCACUCCAGGCAGCCAAGUCAUAGCCUCCGGGGCACCUUCAGGAAAGCGGGUGGUGGGUCCAGAAUUUGGAGACCAGAAAGUGAACUUCUGGGCAGAGAUGGCCCUGCAGAGUCAGGUGUGGUCUCCAGCCACACCCAUGCCUAUGGCGGAGAGCUCCCUCUACCGGCAGCGGCUAGAAGUCAUCGCUGAGAAGCGGCGGCUGCAGGAGGAGAUCCGCGCCGCGCGCCGGGAGCUGGAGGAGGAGAAACUCCGCGUGGAGCGGCUCAAGAGGAAGUCUCUUCGGGAACGUUGGCUAAUGGACGGGGCAGCUGCAGAGCCAGAGCCGUCGGAGGACCCCACCUCGAAGGACCCCCAGUCACCGGAGGGCCAGGCUCAGGCCCGAAUCCGGAACCUGGAAGACAGUUUAUUCACACUCCAGUCCCAGCUGCAGCUGUUGCAAAGUGCUUCCACCGGUGCCCAACACAAGCCCUCGGGCAGGCCCAGCUGGCGAAGACAGGGUCACCGUCCUCUCUCCCAGCCCAUCAUCGAGGCAGGUUCUGCAGGCCAGACUGAUCUGAACAAGAGAACCUCCCUGCCAGCCGGACUAGUGGGCACGCCGCCAGAGUCCCCCUCUGAGCCCAGGGAGGAUGUCUUGGGGUUUCUGCCAGCCCCAAGGCAGGUCCCCAGGGCAGCAGGGGACUCCUCAGAAGCCAAUGGCCCCUGUCCCGGUCUGAGCCCCGCUCCAGAGCAGGGGCCAGGUCAGAGGGCAGCGCCAUCCCAAGGGCAGGUGGCCGAGGCCAAAGGAGGGGGCAUGGUGAGUGUGGUGUGGGAGGGGCUGAGGGCCACGGAGGACUGUGCCACAGGGGCCACGGGCCCCGAGCUGGAGGCUAAGGUGGAGGAAGUGGUGCUGGAAGCCAUCGGAGACAGGAAGAGAGCUGGCAGCCUGGAGCUCCCAGGCUGGGUGAAGGAGGACAGGGGCAUUGUGGAGGUGGUCUGGGAGGGGGUGGGCGGCAGCAACACAGAGGCCAUGGGGGAGGUAGGCAGGGUCCCCGAGGCCUUGCAGACCAGCUUGCCUAGGCUUCAGGAGAGAUUAGAGGUGGCAGCUUCCAGAGAAGGGGAAGAUGUUCCCAGGGGCAGCCCUGAGGGUGAUGGGCUGAGGGGCUCUGGAGGAGAGGAGGGGUCCUUCAUUUGGGUGGAGAGAGUGACCCUCAGCGAGGAGUGGGAGGAGCUGCUGGUGGAAGGUUUGGAAGGGCCAGUGGUGGCAGGGAGGGAGGGAAGCGAUGAGAGUCCGUCAGGCGCUCAGGGGGCUGUGACAGGAGGAGGCGAGGAGUCCUGGGAGGCAGAGAAGAGGAAAGCGGAAGAAUCCAUGGGCAUAGCAAGUGAGGAAAAGCCAGAGACAGACAGGGAGGGAGCGGAGAUGUUGCCGGUGGUAGAGAGGAAAGGAGAGGAGUGGAAGUUGGAGCUGGAGAGCAGAGGAGGUGCAGAAAAGCUGGGGACAGAGAGGGAAGGAGUGGAGGAACCACUGGGCGUAGAGAAAAAAGAGGUUGAGGGAGAUUGGAGGACAGAGAAGGAAGGAGGUGAGGAAGAGCGAGGGGCACAGGAGGAGGAGGCAGAAGCACCACGGAGAGUAGAGAAGAAAAGAGGUGAGGAAGGGCCAGAGGCAAGCGAAGAACCACUGCAGGCAGAGAGAAAGGGAGAGGAGGAACCACUGCAGGCAGAGAGAAGGGGAGGGGAGGAACCACUGCAGGCAGAGAGAAGGGGAGGGGAGGAACCACUGGAGGCAGAGAGAAGGGGAGGGGAGGAACCACUGGAGGCAGAGAGAAGGGGAGGGGAGGAACCACUGGAGGCAGAGAGAAGGGGAGGGGAGGAACCACUGGAGGCAGAGAGAAGGGGAGGGGAGGAACCACUGCAGGCAGAGAGAAGGGGAGGGGAGGAACCACUGCAGGCAGAGAGAAGGGGAGGGGAGGAACCACUGGAGGCAGAGAAGACCCAAGGGGUCAAGGAAGGUCUGAGUCUAGAGCGACAGGAGUCCAGGGAAGGAAGUGAAUCCCAGGCAGAGGAGGGGAGUGAGGCAGGGACUCCCCUCGAGGCUAACACGGAGACACGGCCAGAGGAGGAAGGACCUCAGCCUCAGGAGAAGCCGGUAGGAGCCCUGGAGGAGGGAGUGAAGUCGAAAACCGCUGCUGAGGGCCAAGUCCCCUUGGGGGAUGCCACACCCCUUCUGGCUGAGACCCCAGCCCCAGAACAGCAUGCUGAAUGCCAGCCACUGCUUCGGGGAGAGGGGCCCAGCGCCAACCCCAGUGCCCACCCUGUGCCCACCUAUGCACUUGCCCGGCUGCAUGAGGCAUCUGCCCCCACCGAGAGUGAAGAGGCCAGUGGCCCUAAGCAAAAGACGUGCCAGUGUUGUGCGGUCAUGUGAGCCCGUGCCCCUCCACCCCACAUCCAGCUCCUCUCUCAGCUACCUCGGCCUCUUGGCACCCAGAAGAAGAUCCCAGGCGCAGACAGGGCACCACAGGACUGGCCAUGGCACCUGGGAGCCAGCUAGCCCGAACAUCCACCUACACCUGGGCUUCCGGACCCCUUGCCCAUUGCCUGUGACCCUGGCCGCCUCCUGCAAUGAAGCCUUUAUACUUGAAAAUAAAAGGUGAAAGCACUCAGA